UGUUUGCGUUCUGCAUGUCGCGGAGACCCUCCAUGGACGCCCGAUACGACCACGAGCUCGCGCGCGUCUGGCAGCUCGUCGCACAGCUCAGCGAGCAGCUGGCCAUAAACCAAAAUGUCACGGCCACGCUCCAAAGCCAGGUCGAUGCGCUGAAGGCAGAAGCAGCGGAAGCUGGCCACAACCUGCGCUUGCGCCGCUUCAACACGGACAUCUCAAAGGAAACCUUCGAGUCUGAACUCGAGCGGACAAGCGCCCAGAUCAUCAUCGAGAACCAGACGCUCCUACACGAGAACAAGCAACUUGCAUCUCUGCUCAAAGAGUACGAGACGACCGUAGAGACAAUCAUGAACAAGUUCCGCAAUCACGCUAUUGCGGCACAGCAGCACGAACACACCCUAACGCGCCACUACGAGACCCUCCUGGCGAGCCGCGAACAACAAUCGCAGUCGACCGACCUCACCGCACACACCAACAUGGCGCGCUCCUUCCAUCGUCUGUCAUACCACCUACGCAACCUCAUUCAAACACUUGCGGGCGAGGACCCAGACGCACGACCCCCGCAUGAAGAAGACCUGCUUUCGCUGGUGCAGAAGCUCGAAUCGCUGCCACUGCCCUCUUCGGACUGGGCGGUUGAGCGCGAGGUGGAGAUCGCGCGCCUGAACGCAGAGAACGACAUGCUACGACAGGCUCUCGGUAUCGACUCGAAAACGAUGUCUGACGCCGGGGUUGCGCUCGACAUGUCGCGCCUCCAGCUGGAGAUCGGCUAUCCGCGGUCGUCCAGCACCCGGACGCGCCGCGACCCGCGCAUGUACGGGGCUCCACCACCCCAAAGUCCGUGGGCCUACGGGGGUGGACCGAUGCAGGGCGGCGGCCAAUUACAACGUCCACCCUCGUCGUACUGGGAGCAGCCGCAGCAGGGCUACAACACUGGAGGCGCACCGCUGCAACGCGCCAUGGACUUGCAAUCUCAAGGUGGCGGUCGUGGAGCACCACAGCCCAUGCCAGGCGCAAGGAGGCCGGGAAUUUUUGGUGCGGCGGCCCAACGCGGGUAUGGUGGAGGACCAGGUGGCGUCAUGUUGAAUACUGGAGGAGGCGGCGGAAACCUCAUGGUAUCAAGGGAAGGGAUGGGCACCGUACGCAUAGACAGCGACUCACCGCAGGGUCGUGACGAUGAGGAGGAGGGGUAUAUCAUCGACUCAUCGUAGGCUAGUGUGGGUAUGUAGCUUUACUUCAAUAUCAUGUUCUGCACCUCAUUUGCCAGACCAGCUUGUUCGCUACAUGUAUGCCUACUGUCACGUAACACAAGGGUGUUCGCCUGUUUUGCGUAGCCCUGGCGUCGUGAUAAGGCAGAGCUUCGCACUCUCGCCCCUGGACACUUGAACCGUGGGAAUUAGAUCACGCCGGGUCACGAGGAAGGCGCACGCUCUCGAACCGUCACGUCACAUUGCAUCUCUUUCUGAACCGUCGUCACCACUGCUAGGACACCUUCGAAGACCCU